UUUUGGUGUGGCACACUGUUUGGUAUUUCGGAAACAGCAUGGUAGGAUGGAAAGCGUGGUGAAGCUGGUAGUAUUUAUGUGUAUCGUAAUACGUUAAUGAAGGUAGUACGUAGAUACGUUAAAAUUAAUCUAUAUGCAUUUCAUGUAACACUUUCUAUGCAUAAUUUAGCAGUUUGCUGUCGUGCCAGGGAAUGGUAACUGGCAUUAGCUAGCUAGCCUACUGACAAUUCCACUUAGAAUUAAGUUAGCUAUCUGAACAGAUGCUAGCUGGCUGAAUAACUCACGUAGAUAAAAUGACAUACAGUGCAUAAGAGUGGUUAUUGAAUCGUUUUAAGAAGUUGAUCGUUGCGGGUGAUCAAAGGUCUACGUCGGAGAGAUUAAGUUGAACAACUCGGAGUUAUUUGGUUACUGCUCAGCCGAAGUAAUAAUGUCCAAAAUUAAGCCAAAAAAGUCUGACAUGACUGUCGUAUCGAAGACGCCAAGCAACAACAAGCCAAAAGCUGGGAAGAAAAAGAAGUUUUGGAAAUAUUCUGAAAAUGUGACAUCAGCACAGCAUAAGAAGAAAAACUUAUUUGCUCUUCCUCCCAAUGAUCCCCAACUGUUCUCAACCAACUGGAAAGCACUGCAAGAGGCAUUAAAAAUGAGCACCAAGGUGAAAGAGACUGCAGUUGAUCAACUUGAUAAGAACCAGAGCUCCAGCCAUGGGAACGUUCAGAAGAACCAUUCUGGACAUACUGCCAACAAGACUGAUAAUGUCAAACCUACACAGGUGUACCCAAAAAACAAAGAUGGUCCUGUUCCAUUAAAACUCAAUGAGAAUAGCAGUCUUCUGCCCUCCGAGUCCAAACAGUCCAAGGGGCUGAAAAGGAAACAUAAAGAUGGAAAGGCACUGGUAGAGACCAGUGAACAGAAAAGUAAAAAGAAGGGAAUUAAGAAGGUUGAGGAACAAGCUGUGAAGAAGCCAACAGAAGAAGAUAUCUGGUUCGACGAUGUGGACCCAGAUGACAUGGAGGCCACUGUGGGGACGGAAGCAGCUGACAUAAUCCGCAGGAGGCGGGGGACCAAGACAGACCAGAAAUCCUCAGAUGCCACACUUGUGAAGGAGCAUGCUUUUGAGGGACUGACCAAAGCGGUGGCUAUGGACUGUGAGAUGGUGGGAGUUGGGCCUGAAGGCGAGGAAAGCAUUGUGGCGAGAGUAUCUCUCGUGAAUCAUUUUGGAAAGUGCAUCUAUGACAAAUACGUGAAGCCCACAGAGCGAGUGACUGACUACAGGACAGCAGUCAGUGGCAUUCGACCAAAAGACAUCAUCAAUGGGGAAGAUGUGAAGACUGUGCAGAAGGAAGUAGCUGAUAUUUUACAGGGAAGAAUUCUUGUGGGGCAUGCCAUACACAAUGAUCUCAAGAUUUUGUUCCUGGAUCACCCAAAGAAGAAAAUCAGAGACACCCAGAAAUACAAGCCAUUUAAGAAAACCGUGAAGAGUGGUCGGCCUUCAUUAAAACUUCUCUGUGAGAAGAUACUCCAUGUCAAAGUCCAGCAGGGUGAACAUUCAUCUGUACAGGACGCCCAAGCAACAAUGCGUCUCUACACAUUAGUGAAAAAGCAGUGGGAGAUGGAUAUCAAAGCCCGACAUAAAGCAAAUGGAUCAACAAAGGAAAAGACUGAAAGAAAACCCAGGCUUCCAAAGAGCAAAUCCAGCUAAGGACAAGUUGAUUUGAUAUAAAACUGAUAUAUAUCCAAUAUUUUUUGGAAUCACGUUUACACGCUCAGUUUAGGGUAUGCUUUUACUGUCAUCUCAAGAAAUGUGCAUGGAUUUUGCUGAAGAAUCAUACACAUGCCAAGAACGAUCUGUGCAAGCUUUUAAAACCGUCUCCCCUACUCCUCAAUACACAGUCAACAAGGAGUUGCCAUAAAAAUAAUGGUGCAUCCAUUGUACUAAUAAAAUAACUUCCAUUCUCAAUUCAUUCAAACAUGCAUUGCUUUGUUGUAAAGCAAAUUGUUUAUUAGAGUUGACUCUUUUAAAUCUUUCUUGAAAUCUUAAUCUCCUGUUUAAUGAAUAGAUAUUGACGAUUACUUUUGAAUUAGUAUUUCUUAAGUUAUAUGGAUAUGGUAACUGCACAUUGCAAACAUAUUAGCUGUUCUAGUUGUACUGCAGUUUUGUGGUUUAGGGGGUUUAAACCUAAGGUUUGAACUCCAGCUAAGCAAACUGCAAUUGAUCCUCAGUGUUCAGAGUCAACAGAUUAUUUGAGCUUAGAUUCUGACAAAAGUGCAAAAACAUCUGAACUAAAAUAAAAGGGAAAAAAAUAAGGUGAGCAGAUGUUUUGGUCUCUCAGAACUUCAAUACUGGAAGGUACAGCGGUCAUGCACGCAUAAAAAGACUAUACCUUGCUAUAUCUUGCACUGUUUGUGAUGCAUGUGAUUUUCCAUUGUGGUUGAAUGAAUAUCAAUACAUUUGCGCAUUCAGAGAUUAUCUGGUUACAUCUAGUCACAUACGUUCCUGUUUGGAGUUGUCAUGUUAUGUUCCUGCAAUGUAAUUCAGCUGAUAAUUUGGUAAUUGUCUCGGUGAGAGGUAUCAAGUCCAUUUUAACCCAGUCUGUCUUAUCACCAGUUAAUACUAAAUGAUACCCUAGUGUUAUCAAAAGGUGGUUGUGGGAGGUGGCCUAGGUAUUUUGCAUUGUGAUCAUCCGGUUGAUCAUUGCUUUCAAGAUGACUGCAACAACAAUCUUGAAAAAAAAAAGUUAAUGUACAUGGGACCAAAAUUAACCUGGUCUUCAUGCAGUGGUUGCAAUUUUUCAUUCAUUUUUGUGCUGCACUUUGUAAGCUAAACAUACUGAAGAAUGAAACUUGGUUAUUGUAUAUUCUUUUUCCAUAAAAAAGCCUUGCUAGUCUC